AUGUUAAACGAGAAAUAUGAAUCUUUACUUGAUCAAAAUCAAAAAAUUUUAAAAGAUACAUCAGAAGCAUUGAUUUCUAAACAACUUUUUAAAAAUAAUGCUGAAGCAGUCAUAUACUUCACUGGUUUACCAGAUUAUAACACCUUAUGUGCUGUGGUUGAACUUGUGAAAGAUAGUGCAAUUACUCCAUGUACUCUAAAUAGGUUUUGUCAGGUAGUUUUGUGUCUAAUGAAACUGCGUUUGGGAUCUGGAACAAUAGAUCUUGCGCACCGUUUUCGUGUUUCAAAAACAACUGUCUCAAGAUUGUUUCUUCACACGAUCAAUGUAUUUUUCAUUAAACUAUCACCAUUCAUUAUAUGGCCCGAACGGUCAGAAAUAAUAAAAACUAUGCCUUUUACAUUUAAAAGGAAAUUUGGAGAUAAAAUUACAAGUAUUAUUGAUUGCUUUGAGUUGUUUAUUGAUAGAUCUAGUAACCUAACAGCAAGAUGCCUAACAUGGUCAUCUCAUAAACACAACAAUACUGCAAAAUUUUUGAUUAGUAUAACCCCACAGGGUACAAUAAGUUUUAUUUCAAAAGGACGGGGUGGUAGAACAAGUGACAAAGUAAUAACGGAAAAUUGUGGUUAUUUGAAUAAGCUUGCUUAUGGGGACACUGUUAUGGCUGAUAGAGGUUUUAUUAUUGAUGAUAUUGUAGGGUCAUUCGGAGCACACCUGGAAAUUCCUGCUUUUACACGGGGAAAAGAUCAGCUUAGUGCUUCUGAAGUUAUCACAACACGUCAAUUAGCAAACGUUAGAAUACAUGUAAAAUUGUUAAUGAAAUAUAGAAUUAUUUGCUUUUGCAGCAAGUUUCUUUUUUACUUUUAA